AUGGAACCCGUCGGUGAUCAAAAGAAAGAAAAACUAGCCCGGAUUCGCGAAAACCAGCGCAAAAGCCGUGCUAGGAAGCAAGAGUAUACGCGCGAGCUGGAGCAGCAACUUGCUUUGUUCAAAGAACAGGCGCAUCAGAAAGAUGUCGAACAUCGAUUAACUGUUCAAAGGCUAGAAGCUGAGAACGGACGGCUGAAAUCUCUUCUGGUUGCUGUGGGUGUGCCGGGUAGUGUUGUUGAGGGGUAUUUGCGGACAACGGGGGAGUCUGAGAUGGUUCGGAAAGUUGCGAUUCCGGCUUUGAAGAGGGCUGGGGCUGGGGAGUCGUCGUGUCGGAGUACGUGUUCUGCGGAAAAGGAAACGAGUGGCGGUGCGGUUUGUUGUGGGAAGUCGGAAGGAUCGGUGUCUAUUAGUGAACCGGAGUUGAAUCCUGAUAUUGGGACGGAUAUGGCUCGUCCAUCUGUGUCUCUGAGGAGCCGGAUAUGCGAAAGUGUGGUGGAUGAUCCAUUAUUCCCUACUAACGAAGACGUCCUCAAUACCACUCUUUGUGCGAUUGCGGAAGAGCUUAUUAGCCAGUAUAAUACCCGCGGGGUCGAUCUGGCAGAGAUACAGAAGAAACUCUGGGUUGGCUUUACGAAGAGUUGUGCUACGGGGGAAGAAUGCAGGGUGCAGAAUCAUAUUCUUUUUCAGGUUUUGGAUGAGAUCAGUGGUGAUUGA